AUGAAGAUUCCAAUCAGGGCAAGGGCUGCGAUGGCUCCUACGACCACCCCGGCGAUGAGACCUGCCGAGGGCCCUGAGUUUGAAUUCGAUGGGGAUGGCGAAGUUGCUCCCCUAGUCGACGAAGAAGUAGAAGUUCCGAUCUCUGUGACUGUCAUGGAUCCAUUUUCCUCUCCAACUGCACUUGUUGCCGUGAUCCUGGCUGCAAUACUUGUCGGAUCCACGGGCGUCGGCAAGGCAUUCACCACUCCGCCAGCCACACUCUCAAUCACGGCUGUAGGAACUGUAACGCCCUUGCUUGACAGAAUCGACGAUACAUCACCCACAAUACUCGACAAAAAGUCGCCUAUUUGCCGUUUUCGCCGUGCGUGCUCCUUUUGA